CAUCGAUUAAAUGUUUUUGAAAAUUUGUGAAUCUGUAUUCAGUGUAAAAAUAUAAGAAAAAUACUGAGAUUUUUCCCAUCUGACUACAAUUAUUUUUCCUGUGAUUAUAGCAUUCUAUGAUUAUAAUAUCCUAAGAAGUUUACUGUAUCUAAUAUAAAUUAAUACCAUGGCUAAUAAAGAAGACGGUGAUAACUUUGAUGAUAUGUACAUAAACCCAGAAGAUGGCAUGCCUAAUAUACACCCCAAUAUAGGAGACUUAGAACAAGAAAGUGAUUUCCAAGAAGAAACAAACGAAUUCGAUGAUUUGCCGAAAUCAGUGAUCGUCACAAAUAUACACACCGAUGUAUUCUCUGACGAAAAACUAAAGAAAGAAUUAGAAGAUCUUUUUCGCAAUUUUUCUGAAAAUAUAACAUUUCAAUGGCUUCGUAGUUUUAAGAGAUUGCGCGUGAACUAUGAUAGCCCGCUAGCGGCGGCGGGAGCACGUCUACAA